GUUCUGACGAGCGCUGUCUGUUAUUUUGUAGUAUACCUACGUUCUAUGAUUUUAUUCCUGUUUUCUCUCAAUUUAAUAAAUUCUGCUUAAACAUAACUUCAGAUAAAAGUAUUACUCUCGAAUUAUUGCGAAUUAUUCAAGGUGCCUCUAUUAUAUUGUCGUUUAGAAUGAAACCACAGACCGAUUUAAUUUGAGAAGAAAUGAUAAAAUUUAUUUUUCAAGUACAGAUUUUUGUUUAAUUUUAUCACUCAAUGUUUGGACUCAUUGGUCAUAACAUGUAAUUAGAAAUGUAAACAUUAAUUAAUUAUCGUACAAAAUGGACGUGAAAGUUUAUUAUCGUGGGUGUGAUGUGAUGUGAGUGGUGUAGUUCUGGAUUCGUUGCAGCCUUUGCUUUUUUUUUGUGAGCCGAGGCGAUCGUUGACGUCCAAGCACUUGUCAUAGCCGCACUUGUACGAGCUUCAGAAAAAAAACACCAGGCAGGCUCAUCAUGUAACCUCAUCAAAUAACUUAAACAAAAACAAACUAUUCGUAAUAGAAUGACUGGAAUCUCCUUCGAACCUCACGUAUGUGAUAAAAAACUACAUAGACCUAUUUUAAUAUAAAAGAAAUCUUUUGCAAAAACCCGCGUUCCUCUAGAAUUAGUGUCAAUUAGAACCAAAGUGCCGCCCCUUCAAAAAGGGUGGUGAUUUGAAAUUAUUUUUUCUAAUAACCAAAGUUAGUUUAAGAUGUCGAAUAUGCCAAUUUAUAGUCAAGUUGUGCCCAAGUCUCAGUAUAGGGCGAAGAAUUCCAAAGGCCAAAGCUCCAGAGAGACCCGAGCGCCAAACACGAAUCGCGAAUUCGACCCCCUGAAUUACAACCACGGGGGUAACAUACAACUUUUGAAUGCGCCUUUGGAAAGUAGGAUGGAGAAGUUAGAAAAACGGGAGUCCAGAAGAAAGGAAGAAACCAGAGCUAGAAAAGCGCUUAUUAGAAGUGAUAAUGCCAACGAAGGGAAGGUGGAGGCUUAUUUGAGGCAGAACCAGGUCAGCAUCAGGCAACAGCAGCAUCGACAUUCUGCGGUUAGGCAAGCCGAGCAUCGGGUUAAUUUAAGAUCACUCCCUUUGAACGAGGUGACCUCUCGUGGCCACGAUCGAACGCCGACUGACAGGCAUCGCGGAUUCCCAGGCGACAGGGAUGCGUCUAGAGAUUAUCGGCGCGAAAGGGACCGAGAUAGAGAAAGAGAUAGAGAGAGAGAUAGGGAAAGAGACUUCGAUUUCGAUGGUUCACCACUCAGUCCGAUGGCUCCGAGGGGGGACAAGGAACGACCAGUACGCAAAUCAACCUCCGCACAGCGAGUGUCAGAAAUGAUCUCCGCGGACAAAAGGCGCUUCUUCUGCAGGGAGUGGGUGUUCCAGAAAAUCGCGCAUUGCUUAGAACAGCGGGCUGUCAGUAAAACGGCUGGUGCUUUGAUUUUAGGUGAUGCGGGGAGUGGUAAAACGGCGUUAUGUCAAGAACUAAGUCAGCCAGGAAGCGGCCCGCAAGCUAGACAACAGCGUGCGUUAAACAGACGACUGCUAGCUAGGCAUUUUCUUCAGGGUCCAAGUGAAAGCAGUCAACGUCCAGGCGAGUUCGUCCGCUCUCUAGCCAUGCAAAUAUUAAGCCACUCGUCCCACGCCCGGCCUAAUGAGAGAGACCAUUCGCCUAAAGACGACGCCACACCUAGUAGCAACAGGCGAAACUCCACUGAAGAAAACUUAAUACAGCGAUUUAGGGAGAUGGGUGACGACGGAGAAGAGAGUUCGAAACCCUUACUGGCUGAUAGUGAAGAUCAAAGAACGGACGAAGAGGACCUAAACGCACGACAACGGACUUCGGAACGUAUCCACGAACGCGAUACGUACCAAGAUUGCAUGCCGGACGCACAACUCAGUGGUCAAAAUUUGCCAGAAAUCUUACCCAGGUCAAGCACCAAAGCGAACAACCCAUUCGUUAACAACGAGGAAGACCUUCGCCUGUACGAGAACCACGAAAACUUGUUUCUCCGCAACAUUUCACAACGACAAUCCAAAGAACUACGAAAUUCCCGGUUGUUACGUCAGAGUUCAGAACCGUUAUCCGACAAAAAAUCUUCGGUACUCCAAAAAAGCUUGUCCACGGAGCAGGAAGAAAAGCCAAAAGAAAUUAAUAAUAGUCCGCCAAAAUCUAGGAUCCCGGUCGCGAAUUUCCGUUAUCCAAACAAAAGUGAUUUGCGACCGAAUUCCGCAGAAAGUUCUCCGAAAAAGUCCGAUGCAAGACCUUCAUCGCCCAAAGAAUUAGAAAGUAAAACCGAACAGCCAGAGUAUCAAAAUGUCUUGAACCCUAACAUACCAAAGGACGACGUGCAGACUGACCUUGAAAAAUUGCUGGAGAAAAAACGUUCCGCCUCUGAUGAUGUACCUCCUCCAAUUCCAAGUUUACCUGUUAAUCCAAGAACGUUGAUAGCAAACGCUUAUUACGAUAAACUGCUGUCCGAAACAGAGAUACAACAGUCUCUAUUGCCUCAGAAUUUGGAAAAGAAUCCAGAUGAGUGUUUCAAAAAGGCCAUUUUAUUUCCCUUGCUUGAGAUUGAUCCGCCGAAACAGUGUCUGUUUUUGUUGGUGGAUGCGAUUGAUGAAGGUGCUUUGAAUGGGGACUUAAAUGAAGAUGGCACUGAGGGUUCAGUGGCAGCUCUUCUGGCGAGACACCAGCACUUGCUGCCGCACUGGUUGCUGUUGGUUGCAACUGCUAGGCGGCAUUCUCGACAGUCACGGCCGCUUACUAAGAUGUUUACAGGGUUCCGCAAAAUAACCCUGGACGAGUUACAACGAGCGCACGUGUCGGCCGACGUACAACGUUACGUGCUCGCCAGACUCGACACGGAACCUAGAUUGAGAGCUCGAGUUUCGAGUGAUUCGACUGCAGCCGCGGCCGCUGCAGCUGCUUUGGACCAUCUUCGUAUCAAGAGCGACGGAUGUCUACUAUAUUUAGAAAAAGUACUUGAUGGUGUAGCAGACGGUUUCAUAGCACUGAGGGAGAUUCGAGAGAUACCCGGCACUCUGAACGGACUCUACUUGUGGCUGGCCCAGAGGUUGUUCCACGGACGAAGAUUUAAUAAGGUCCGUCUCCUGCUAGAUGUACUUCUGGCAGCCCGCUGCGGAGUCACGGAAGAUAUGUUGUACAAAUGUUUACUGACCAAAGAGUACAGUGUCACCAGAGACGAUUUUAAUAGAAGGCUGCAUUUGUUAAGGCGAAUCUUGGUAAUGGAGCGUGCCACCGGCUAUCUAAGCCUAUUUCAUCAUUCCUUCGCGUCGUGGCUAGUGGACGUUAAACAUUGCACACGGCGGUACUUAUGCGCCCCGGCCGAUGGUCAUGCAGCUUUAGCUAUGUACUACACUCUUGAUGCAAAACGAUUAAGUGCUCUGGAAAUUCACAACUACGUAUAUCACAUGACUCAACUAGAACAACAUAUGGUUGCCCAGAAGAAACACAAAACGACAACAGACGAUGAAGAACAUAUAGAUCUCCAUACGUUAAUUCUGUUAUGGGUAUUGGACUCUGGGUGUGAUGUUGAAGCUGCGUUAAAAAGAGAGAGCGAUAUAAAACUCGUAGAUAUUGAAGACAACCAGACUGAAGACCAGAAAUUGGAGGAAAAGGAUGGUGAUCCAGAAUCUGAAGGGAAGGAAUCGAUCUCUUGCAAAUCACUAGAGCCUUCAACACUAGAGAACAUAAUGCCAGAACUAGUAAACGGCAACACGACAAGAUGGCCGCGUGACAGACGCGUGUUAAAAGCUUUACUGGAGUUGAGCAGAACUGAUUCUAUUCCCACUGAGCCGGAGGGCGAAGAUCUCAAUGAUUUGAUGUCAACAGACCAAGCAGUAGAAAGCGAAGACAAUGCUGAUGCAACAGGGGAUGAACACGAAGAGACUCUUCUCCUGGAUCCCAGCACAAUACAUGAACUCGCCACUAAGGGAGACGACGACACUUUAGCUGCUUUAUUGAAGCGCUGUCCAGAACUAGCGAACGCGGCGGACGCAGCGGGAAGCACUCCCCUCCACUCUGCGGCUCGUAGCGGCCGGGCCAGCAGUGCCGCUCUACUGCUGCAAACUGGUGCUUCGGCCGCUGCCGCUGAUGCGGAUGGCUGGAGCCCACUCCGAGCUGCCGCCUGGGCGGGACAUACUGAAGUCGUGGAUGUCUUGCUGGAACAUGGCUGCGAUGUCGAUUGUGUUGACGGCGAUAACCGAACCGCUUUAAGGGCGGCAGCCUGGUCGGGCCACGAAGCGGUCGUAGCGCGUUUACUAGCGGGAGGUGCGGCCCCUGAACGAGCGGACGCGGAAGGGCGUACUCCACUAAUGGCCGCCGCUUAUAUGGGUCAUGCGGAUAUUGUGAGGUUGUUGCUUGACGCCGGAGCCAGUCCAGACCAUGCUGAUCACGACGGUCGCACAGCAUUAGCUGUAGCAGCUCUUUGUGCUGCAGGCGGCGCCUGCGCAGCAUUGUUACUUGAGAGAGGGGCGGAUGUUAGUAAAGCUGAUCGGGAUAAAGCGACGCCAUUAUUAGUUGCAGCAUUUGAAGGGCAUACAGAAAUCUGCGAGCUCCUCCUCGAAGCAGAAGCGGAUAUAGAAGCGUGCGAUAGCGCUGGACGGACGGCCUUGUGGGCCGCUGCGUCCGCCGGACAUGCGGACACUGUCCGGCUUCUGCUGUUCUGGGGCGCCUGUGUGGACAAUAUGGACUGUGAGGGCCGGACAGUGCUUAGUACUGCCGCUGCGCAAGGUAACGUAGAAGUUGUCCGUCAGUUGCUAGACCGAGGUUUGGACGAACAUCAUCGUGACAAUUCCGGAUGGACUCCAUUGCACUAUUCCGCCUUUGAAGGUCAUGUAGAAGUCUGUGAAGCCUUACUUGAAGCUGGUGCCAAAGUGGACGAAGCAGAUAACGAUGGAAAGGGUCCGUUAAUGUUAGCGGCUCAGGAAGGUCAUACACGUUUAGUAGAAGUCCUAAUAGACCAGUGGGGAGCUCCUGUAGACCAGAGAGCUCAUGAUGGGAAGACUGCUUUACGAUUGGCAGCUUUAGAAGGGCAGUUCGAAACAGUCACAGCUUUGCUCUGCCGAGGAGCGGAUGUUGACGCGUUGGACGCCGACCGACGCAGUACGCUAUAUGUUCUGGCGCUGGACAAUCGGCUGGCGAUGGCGAGACAGUUGCUCACGUGCGGAGCGAGCGUGCAUUGCAGUGAUACUGAGGGUCGUACGCCACUACAUGUGUCAGCAUGGCAAGGUCACACUGAAAUGGUCAACAUGCUUAUUAAAGUUGGUGAUGCGGCAGUGGACGGUCGCGAUCGUUGUGCACGUACAGCGUUACACGCAGCCGCGUGGCGAGGCCGCGCCGCAGCUCUACGGGCCCUUCUGCAACAUGGCGCUUCGCCCUCUGCCGUGUGUACCCAGGGUGCUACGCCCCUUGGUAUAGCGGCUCAAGAAGGGCACGAAGAGUGUGUCUUGUGGCUUCUGCAACACGGCGCUGAUCCUUUGCAGGCCGAUCAUUGUGGUCGUACACCAGCAAAAGUGGCAUGGCGGGCAGGACAUGCGAAUAUCUGCCGCCUUUUGGAACGGUGGGCCGCUCCCUCCGCCCCACCCGCGGCACCUCCUCCCGAAGAAUUGUUAAAACCCGCGAGGACAGGUUCACCGGAUUACAAGCGACGCAGUGUUCACAGUUCCAACUCAACAAAAUCAUCCUCCAAUAUGACUGGAGGCUCCAAUAAAUCUCACGAGCAUACCGAAGAAACUGGACACGAUAAAACGAACCGCACAAAUCUAUCCCUCUCAUUCGCACAACAAGUGGCACGAUGUGGUCGCACUCGCCGGGAAAUAGACAGGGACGAACCCAUACCGGAACACCAUGUGGUGGAAAAGGACUCUAAAUUAAGAAGCUACGUAGCAAAUGAGCGAGACGGAGAACUUCGUGGCUACGCGAGAGAAAGGGAUCGACGGCGCGAACAGAGACACGGCACUGCUAGUCCACUUUACGCGUCUCCUCCACGAAGCCCUAGCGAGCCUAGAAGCCCAUCACCUUUAUUACCUGGAUCUCAACCCCCUAGUCUGACGAGUAUGCAGCCGAUAGUCACAGACACACACUUCAACCGCGACACACACAUGCGCAUCAUUCUCGGCCGAGAGAACAAACCCGCUAACGAAAGACACGACAGUGAGGUGGUAUUGGCGACACGGUUCGUUUACAACAGAAUAGUGGGCAGUUUAGGAAGAGCUAGAGGGAAGAUAUUUAAGAAAACUAAGAACAAACGCAACGGUAUCGUGACUAACCCAGCUAUGCGAUUAGUAGCCAAUGUUAGAAAUGGACUGGAUAACGCCGCUGCAAACAUACGUCGUACUGGCGUCGCUUUAGCAGCGAGCGCCAGUUCCGCGAACCCCGCAGUGAAAACGAACGCCUUUCAGUGGAGGAAAGAGACGCCACUAUAAAUGUACUGAUGAAAGAAAGAGACAACACAUUCCCUUAUUUCUGUGUGCCAUUAAAUGAAAGAGACGUGGCUAUGUAUGAAGAAAAGAGAUAAAUUCCUGUGCUCCACUUUUGAGGGAGUGUAAGAGAUUUAAGAUAACAUUUUUGGGUAGUAAUAUUAACAUUGCGGUGACUUGAAUUCAAUAGAUACUAAAGUAAAUUAGUACGUCUAAUACAGGUUCCACCCACUAUUCUCCGUCUUGUUUUAUGCAACGUUUUUUUUAAUUUAUAAUGCAAGAAUAUUAAUGUGGAAAGUUUAUUAAAGUGAAUAAAAUUAAUAUUUGCUUAAUCUUAUAGCCAGAAAGAAUUGUGUUGUGUGGUGGCUUGAAAACUUUAGUAUGGAGCUUGGCCUAAUUUCUGCCCGCCAUUUUAUUUUAUUUUUUAUUUAUGAGUAUAAUAAUGCUGUGCUAUUGCUAAAUGCUAAUGCUGCCAUAAAAAAGUAACGCGUAAUACAAUUUUGUCUCUUAUUAUUGUUUUUUGUAUUGAGCUGAGCAUUAAAAAAUAAUAAUAAAAUGGGAGAAAGUGGGUGGGUAGGCUAAAAUAUUCAUACUUUAUUUUAUGAUAAGCCCCAAAUAAAGUACCUACUUUAAUUGGGAUUGUAUCUGAAGUUAUCAUUAAAGUGAAAUAAUAAAAAAGUACAUUUCGUGCAUAAAAAAUGAUUUCCAACUGAAAUCAUAAUUAAUAGAUCUUUAUUGUCUUAACAUAAAUGACGUGCUCCCCGUGCAAGCAAUAAGGCGCUGCCUACUAUGAUGUUGUAUUAAGCAACGGAUUAUAAAAAAAAGUAAAAUAGAUGGUACAAGAAUGAUAUUUCAUAGUUUACUAAACAUUAACUUAAUAUCGAUUAUAUUGCUAUAAAUAUAAUAGCUAUAGUUAUAUGUUUAAAUUAUUAUCUAUGGUUCACCAGAUGUACCUAAUAUAACAUAUUUCUUUAUGUAAUCUAUGUAAAGGCGUAUUUUCACAGCAGCUUAAUAACGUAGGUAUGUCUAGUAAAACAAACAUUUUAUCAAUCAUUGGAUGAAUUAAUGCACAAACAAAGUUUUGAAACGCGUUUCAAUAUGAAGUAUUUGACGGUGGCGUAAUUUGCCCUCUUUUAGAAAUAAUAAGUUUGGGAUAAAACAGAGAAAGAAAGCGGUAUGGCUUUUUUUUU